ACAGAUUCAAACUUUGUGCUUUUUAUUAUAGUCACGCAGGAUCAUUUUAUUUGAUACAAUUUCUUGUGCCUUUUUCAGGAUUGAUUGAGGGGGGUUUUAUGAGAGAUGUCGAAUCUAUACAGAGGGGAUUUCAAUUCCAAAAUCGAUUACGUGUUCAAGAUCGUAUUGAUCGGCGAUUCAGCAGUGGGGAAAUCGCAACUUUUGGCGCGAUAUGCAAGGAAUGAAUUUAGUUUGGACUCAAAAGCCACUAUUGGAGUUGAAUUCCAGACGCGAACACUUGAAAUUGAUCACAAAACUGUCAAGGCUCAGAUUUGGGAUACAGCUGGCCAAGAAAGGGCAGUGACUAGUGCAUAUUACAGAGGUGCAAUGGGGGCGAUGCUGGUCUAUGACAUUACGAAGCGUCAAUCAUUUGAUCAUGUGGUUAGGUGGUUGGAUGAGUUGCGAAGCCAUGCUGACAAGAAUAUUGUUAUCAUGCUGAUAGGCAAUAAAUCCGAUCUGGGAAGCCUUCGAGCUGUACCUGUGGAAGAUGCUAAAGAGUUUGCCCAGAGGGAGAACCUAUUCUUUAUGGAAACAUCAGCCCUUGAGGCAACCAAUGUGGAACCUGCUUUCCUAAAUAUCCUGACUGAGAUUUAUCGCGUUGUCAGCAAGAAAGCCCUUGUGGCCAAUGAGGAAGCAGAAUCUGGAGGAAAUUCAUCUCUUCUGAAAGGAACUAAGAUCGUUGUUCCUGGCCAGGAGCCAUUACCAGCAGAAAGAAAAUCCAGCUGUUGUGGAUAUUCAUAGGCCCAAUCCUUCACUCUUGGAGUGUAUGCUGUUGUAUUUGUUCUAUCUGCCAUAUGACACACGAGGUUCAUUUCUCUUUUUGUUACAAUCAGAUUGUCCUUCCACAACAUGGACUUCUGGACCGGUUAAAACUUGAAAUGAAGUGAUUUUGGUGAUAUAUAUCGUGCGAAGUUUUGGUAUGUAAAUCAUUCCUUGCCUCAGUGAUAUGGAAAAAAUUGAAACCAAAAUAUAAAUAUCAGGGAAAAACUUAUCA